UGUGUGGAAUUUUGAGAUACAUAAUCAAUUGGGGUUCAGAAUUAGGCUUCCAAGGGGCUAUUUUUUUGGUCUUCUUGGCGAGUCGUCAUUUGGUGGGUCUGUUGUACACUGAUUGUGGUGCACCGGUUAGCAGCUGAUCAAGAUUCUCCAAGGUCUCUAUACAUAUAUAUAUACAUACAUGUAGAGAGAGAAUCCAACCUCCCCUCCCCUCCCCUCCGAAUUCUUCAGUUCACUUCCAGUUUGAAGCCCAAAUCGAUGGAGGGGAAAACAGUGGUGGAAUGCAAGAUUUACACAGAAACAGAGAAAAUACAGAGUGUUUGUUUGCAGGAUGAGGAUGGAAGCAGUCAAGAAGAGCACAAGAAAAUUCUUAAAAUGAGAGCUUUACUUGAAAUCCAUGAUCCCACUUCCAAGGAGUGUGAUGAUGUUACAAUCAGACGGUUUCUUCGUGCGCGUGAUCUAGACAUUGAAAAAGCUUGUGCCAUGUUUCUCAAGUACCUAAAAUGGAGGAAAACGUUUAUCCCAGAUGGGUCUAUCUCUGUAUCAGAAAUCCAGAACGAAAUCGCGCAAAACAAGAUGUUUAUGCAAGGAUCAGAUAAGACCGGACGACCAAUUGCAGUCGUGUUUGGAGGUAGACAUCACUGCAACAAAAAAGGAGGUCUUGAAGAGUUCAAACGUUUUGUGGUCUUCGGGCUAGAAAAGUUAUGUUCCAGGAUGCCUCCAGGCCAGGAGAAGUUUAUGGUCAUUGGAGAUCUUCAAGGAUGGGGGUAUUCGUGUAGCGAUAUACGUGGAUAUCUUGCGGCGCUCUCUAUUUUGCAGGAUUAUUAUCCCGAAAGGCUUGGGAAACUGUUUAUACUGCACGUUCCAUACGUGUUUAUGACCGUAUGGAAGAUGGUUUAUCCGUUUAUUGACGAAAAAACGAAGAAAAAGAUCAUAUUUGUUGAGAACAAGCAGCUGAAAUCAACACUGCUGAAAGACAUUGAUGAGAGCCAGCUUCCAGAAGUUUAUGGAGGCAAUCUGAAAUUGGUACCCAUCCAAGAUAACCAAUGUGUCUGAUGUUCUUUUCAGAUUAAGCUGUUAUACUGUCUGAAGUGCAGGCUUAUGUAUAUAGGGUCAUGAUUAAAUGAGAACCUAUCGUGAGAACUUGUACUUUAAGGUAUUAUUUUACAUGUUCUUUUUCCAUCUAAUGCUAUAAGUUAAGGUAUUGGUUAUUUGUUUCAUAACGAAACAUUUUUACAUGUAUUUUUGUAAACACAAACUUGUACAAAGGUUUCAUUUUGUGAAACGAGCAUAUGAAACAAGUACAUGUUAAUCGGC